UAUUCUCUGUGUAAUGAUGGUCUGAUUGAGCUGUCUAACCCCGGAGCCAGCGGAUCCCUCUUCUAUGUCUCCAGUGAUGACGAGUUCAUCAUCAAGACUGUUCAACACAAAGAGGCAGAGUUCCUACAGAAACUCCUGCCUGGAUACUUCAUGAACAUUAACCAAAACAAGCGCACCUUGCUACCCAAGUUCUACGGGCUGUAUUGCGUUCAGGCAGGAGGAAAAAACAUCCGUAUUGUUGUGAUGAACAAUCUUCUUCCUCGGAUCAUCCCCAUGCACCUUAAAUACGACCUGAAGGGCUCCACCUAUAAGAGGCGAGCGUCCCCUAAAGAGAGGGAGAAGGCCGUUCCCAUUCACAAAGACCUGGACUUCAUCCAGGACUUGCCGGACGGGCUGCUGCUGGAAGCCGACAAUUUCAAUGCCAUGUGCAAGACUAUACAGAGGGACUGCCUG